AUUCAUUAUUACCCAUAUAUUAAAACAGCCGCAGCAACACUUUGCCAGUCUACGCUGUGCUUCCUGGUUGAGCGCACAGGGCUAUCCUCGAUUGAACGCUACGCUAAACCUCAACUUGUCCAAAAUGGCUGGCCAGGAAGAUCCAGUGCAAAGAGAGAUUCACCAAGAUUGGGCGAAUCGAGAGUACAUAGAAGUGAUAACGAGCAGUAUCAAAAAAAUUGCCGACUUUCUUAACUCAUUUGAUAUGUCGUGUCGAUCCCGAUUGGCCACCCUCAAUGAGAAGCUGACAGCGUUGGAGAGGAGGAUUGAAUAUAUUGAGGCGAGAGUGACGAAAGGAGAGACCUUGACCUAGAAAUCAUUAUGGGAAUUCAUAGCAUCCCAGAGCUACCUGACCACCCCCCUCCCUGAUUUUUUGGAAUAAGUUUGAUGGAUUCCACCCUCCUCUUUUGGGACCAUGUGGACCAUUUUUAUAUUAUAUGGCUGAGUUUUGUGUUUUAUGUCAUGGUACAUUUGUAAAGAAGAGAUGGGUCUUGUCUUGGGUGCCAGUGACUCGAUUAUCAUCAAUGUUACAAAACGUAAAAUAUGAUCCAUAAGUAUUGGCUGAAAAAAUAUUGUUGAGCUCAAUUAUGGAUCUGGUAUCAGCACAACUUGAUGACCAUCUGUGUUGUGUGCGGUGUCAUUACCACAUUAGAGAUUUAUGAAAGGGGAACAUACUUGUGUGCCAAGAACAAUUAAAUUGUGUAGUCAUCUUUAUUGAGGACCUGCUUGUACAGUGCAAUGUUUGGUGAUGUGUCAGGUUUUAAAUACUGUAAUAAAUGAUAAACAAUGA